UGUGCUCUCUGUCAGAGAAGUCGUGCUGUUGCUGAACUGAAACGCUUUAUUCAAAGUGUUUUUAUAUACAGAAGGAGAUUAAACAACAGAAAAAGCAGUCAGACAAAGAUGACUCAAUCAGUUACUAUGACAACAAUGAGUAGUGUGGAGUCCACAACCAUUAUUUCCACUGAGUUCCUGGACUCCCCGCCUCGUUAUGUGUUCAUCCCGGUUUUCUACAUCAUCUUCUUCAUCCUGGGCUUCAUCUCUAACCUCUACGUGCUGUUUGUCCUGCGCUGCCUUCAUCAAGCCAAGGCCAUGGGAGAAAUCCACAUCUACAUGAUCAACUUGACCAUCGCUGAUCUUCUGUUUGUGUGUGCUCUUCCCUUUUGGAUUGACUACUAUAUCCGUGAGGGAGACUGGGUUUAUGGAGACGUCAUGUGCCGGGUGACAGGCACCUUCUUUUUCAUCAACACCUACGGCACCAUCCUCUUCCUUGCAGCCAUCAGCAUCAACAGAUGCUGGGCAUUGACUCGGCCUCUGGACGCAGCCUCGUCAGACCACAGAAUUCGUGGAAUCAUUGCCUGUGUUUUUAUCUGGGCGUUUAUUGUGGUGAUGUCUGUUCCUGUUUUGGUGAGUCCAGGGAUCAACGAGCACCGUAAAAACAACAUGAAGAUCCUUCACUGCUUUGAGGGAUACCAGAACGAAAGUAAAGAGAAAAAGAAAACAUUGGCUGUCACUCAUUUUUUAAUAAUUGGAUUGUUUUUUAUUGUCUUUUUACUCAUUGUGAUAUGCAAUAUUCUUAUUGCUCGAAUUUUAAUUUGCAAAAACUCUCCUCAGUCGGAAAUUCAGUCUUCAAGAACACAGUCUAAAAUGCCCAAUUUAACGUCCACGUUUAAACGACCCACAGGGGUAAAACGGAGGGCUCUCCAGAUGUUGCUGGCAGUGGUGGGAGUGUUUGUUCUGUGUUUCCUGCCACACCACAUAGUUCAAGGCCCCUGGACUCUGGCAGUGCUGGAGAUCGUGAAGUACAGCGAGACCACUCGUAAGUUGCUGAGCGACGCUCAUCAGAUCACCCUGGUUCUUAUGGGCCUCAACUGCAUUUUGGAUCCUGUAGUGUAUUAUUUUGCCACAGGGAAGUUUAGAGGACUCAUCAAGACCCACAUUACAAAAUUAAUCACAUUCACCCAACCUCACUUAAACCAGCCUGCAUCACCUGUUUGGACUCUAGGAGGAAAUCAGAGGUCUCAUAGGAAACCCACAAAGGCCGGGAGGCAGGAUCAAACUCCUCACACUGAAAGGAGCUCAGUAGUCAUUACGUAAAGUAUUUUAAAAAAUCUCACUUAUCCUGCAUUUUGAACCAAACCACGUCUCAGAUAAGAUGAGAUAAAUCUCAGUGUCUAACUGUGGAAUAUUUUUGAAUCCCCAAUUACAAUAUUACAGUGGAAACACUACACGUUUAAAGGUUAAUUAACACAGUAGAGCCCUAUUCUGAAAAACUGUCAUUGAGGUAACACGUCUGUGAUGCUGGAUUUAGGAAAUAAUUGUUUAAAGUAUUUAGAGCAUGUUUAUGGGUUGUUUGGUUGCUGCUUAGCUCUGAUCACCUGAUUAGAGGAUGAUUCUCACCCGAAACCCUGGCUGAUUGGGACCCACACCCAUUUUCACACCUUGGCUCAGGUGAUCAGAGGAUCAUCAGGGGGUCCUUUUGUCCCUCUUUGGGGGAUACUCCCGCUGGGUUUAAA